AUGUCCGACUACCAACCCACCCAGUCCUACCAUGAAGGGGCCUACAUGGCCCUGAUGAGAGGCCUGAAAGAGCUGGACCUCACUGGUAGCUGUGUUCCCAGUACCCUGGUGUUGAGUGGAGACCAUGCCUUUCCUUUGGCAAUGAACAGCCAGGGCCAGAUCCUCAUGGCAGCCUCUCUGUACGGCGGUGGAAGGAUUGUGGUCCUGGGUCAUGAGGCCUACCUGACCACCUUUCCUGCUCUGGUGGAGAAUGCUCUGACCUGGCUGAGAGGAGAUGGAUCUGAGAACUUGUCUGUCGGGGUCCAUAAUGGCGUCCAGGGAGUCGCUGAUAACCUCAGCAAGUCCAGCUUCGACACCCAAGUUGUGGGGAAAUUCAGUGACAGUCCUGGGGUCGGUGUGUAUGUGACUGAUGCCUACAGCGUGGGUCCAGACGCGCAAGACCUGGUAGCGUUUUUGAAAGCUGGAGGGGGAGUGCUGAUAGGGGGGCAGGCGUGGCACUGGGCUUCAACUCACCCAAAGGAGAACACGCUGCUUCGGUUUGAGGGGAACAAGGUGUCUGGUGUGUCAGGGAUCUACUUCUCUGAGCAACACGCUGAGGGAGAGUCUCUGCCUGUCUACCCACAGAUCCCAUCCUCCCGGAUGGCUGAAGUAAUCUGUAAAGAUUUUGAUGACGAUUUGCAGUUCUUACUCCAGGGGGUGUCAGAGUUCGACCUCCAGCAUGGGGUAGUAGCCUCUGAGGUUCUGGUCCACAGCCCACUAGCCUUCCCCAUUGGUACCACCGAUAAUGGAAACGCCUUCUUGGCAGGAGCCUACUAUGGGCAGGGACGGGUUGUUGUGAUCACACAUGAAGGACUUCUGGGACGAGAGACACUAGCUCCAUUUUGGAACAAUGCCAUUCGAUGGUUGGACGAAGGUCGGGAAGGAGUUGUUGGUGUAGCUCCAGAUCUCAACUAUGCCUUUAACCUCUUCAGCAAAGCAGAGUUUAAUUGCAAGAAGACAGACUUCAAGGCAGACCUGAGUGUAUAUGUGUGCACAGCCUACAGUGAUAAACAUGCAGAGGAAAUCCAAGACUUUGUAGCCCAGGGAGGAGGCCUGCUGAUUGGUGGACAUGCCUGGAACUGGGCACAGGUUCACCCUGGGAAAAACCUGAUGACAGAUUUCUCAGGAAACAAGAUCCUGAACAAAAUGGGCCUGAGCCUGCUGAAGCAGAUAAUCUGGGAAGGUUCCUACACGGCCCCUGAGCCUAGCCAGGGCCUCAAAGACACGUACCGCUUCCGCCACCUUCUACACCGCUUCGUUGGUCACGUCAUCCAGGGGGAGAAACUUACAGAGCGUGAGGAGAAGUGCCUUAAUAAACUGGGUUGUGACUGUGCCAACUUCUUGCACAUGGAAGCUCAUGACUCCUCCUCCUAUACGAAUGUGGUGUCCAAACUCACCACCGUCUUAAAAAAGUCGGGCAUGCCACAGGUGUGUGCCAGCUGCCCUGUGAAGAGUCCCAAAGACCACCUCCUCCUCAGUGUGGGGGCAGAGGUUUAUAAGGUCUGCCCAAAUCCUGAUGCCCUCCUGCCCUACCUCAUCAAGGAUAACCCCUUGAUGCCAGUUUGGUACAACCACAGAAUCAAGACUAAUGCCAACACAAAAAGAGGGGAUGAGUGGAUCAGUACAGGUCUCUACCUCUCUCCUGGUAUGAAAACCUACAUGGCCAUCCCAGCAGAGAUUGUCAACAAGGGAUGGAAGAUCCAAAUAGGUUGUCAAACAGACUACCUGGAUGCUGCAGAGCUGAAGAGGGCACGGAAGGUUCAUGAGCGAUUCCCAGUGACCUCAGAGAUGAUGCAGGUGUCUAACCUGUGGGGGGGACUCAUCUACCUGGUGGCACCACCCAACACACAAGUGGAUGGGGCAGAGGUCAUAGUGCAGAUGGCUGUUCCUGCGCCGUACUAUACAUCUGGUGUGACAACAGCUGCUGAGUGGUCCUUGCUGCGUACAGCUCCCUCACCCUGGGCAGAGCUAGAGUUUGAAAACAUCAUCCUCACUGUACCGUCAGACUUUAUUCGGAAUCUGGAACGGCCUGACGAGUUGGCAGCACAUUGGGAUAAGAUGAUGAGGGCCAUCGCUGACCUGGCUGCCAUACCACACAAGUUCCCUCGCAAAGAACGCUUUGUGACUGAUGUGCAGAUUUCCCAUGGUUGGAUGCAUGCUGGUUAUCCUAUUAUGGCACAUAAGUCCACAGCAGCUGAUCUGGUCAACAUUGAUGGUGCUGCUAGAAACCUGUGGGGCGUCAUCCAUGAACUGGGACACAACCAACAGAGAGGCUGCUGGGAGUUCCCAUCACACACAACAGAGGCAACAUGCAACCUGUGGUCAGUGUAUGUGCAUGAAGAGGUGCUGGGGAUCAGCAGAGAAAAGGCUCAUGAAAUGAUGACUCUAGCAUAUCGAAAUGCUCGAGCAGAGCAGUAUGCUAAGGGGGGAAAGAACCUCAACAAAUGGGAUAUGUGGACGGCCCUUGAGACGUACAUGCAGCUCCAGGAUGAGUUUGGCUGGGAUGCCUUUAAGAAAGUGUUUGCUGCCUACCACGAGAUGAACAACUUUCCACAGGACAACCACGGAAAGAUGAACCUGUAUGCUGAGACGUUCUCCCACACUGUAGAGAUGGACCUGUGUGGAUUCUUUAAGUCCUGGGGCUGGCCCAUAACCAGAGCUACUGAGGAGACACUCUCCAACCUGCCUCCCUGGAGUGACCACCCCAUGGCCCAGUACAACUGAACUUCAGACUGCCGUUUAUUAAUAGUGCAGAGCGAUCGGUUAAAUGAGAAACCUAUUCUUCACAUUGAGUAUUUUGUAGGAAAUUCAAAUUUACUUACUUUUUUCUUCUUUUGCUCCUUGUUGUUGUUGUUGUUUUUGUUUUUUUAAAACCAGAUUUGCUGCAGGGUUUUAUAAAAGAAAUAAGAGUUACAUAGUGAUAGAUUUAUACAACUUUUUGAUUCAGUAACUCCAUUUGAAAAUAAUCUUCCUUUCAAUUAAUCAUCUGAACACUUUUGAAACAUAUGUGAUUGCCAAUAAUCCAUAAUUUACAGAUGUGUGAAUCAGAAUUGAAAUGCUUCCCUAUAUUUGAUGGUUUUGAGUGAUUCAGGCUGUGUUUACUAGAUGAAUCAAAUGUUUACUGCUUGUUUAUGUUAAUAUUU